AUGUAGGUGCCCUGGCUCCGACUCGUGAUGUUUUGUUGCAACUAUACACUGCAAUCACUACAGAAAAUUCAUUCUCUAAACUUGCAAGUAGAAAAAAUGCAUUCGCUUUUGUCUGCGUCUCUAAAAGCAGAGGCAGCCUUUGCAAUACGGAGGCCAGUUUCAAAGAAACAGCUGAAGGAUCAUUUUCGAGCGCAAGCGGAGGCCUCUUGGGUUGCCGGAAACGGGUGAAACAUAACAAAGGACAAUGGAUUGUGCUGUACAUGACUUCAAGAAAACUCUUAAAAAAUCUGGUUUGAAGGAGGCAUCUUCCCCUCAGCAAUGUCGUUUCUUACUGUUUUUCUGCCCCAUUAUUUCUCGUGCUGGAACUGACAUUGAAGCUGCAGCGCAGUACCUCAAUGAAGUGAAAGCUUCUGGUUAUCUGUCAUCAUUGCCAGUCAUCAUGGUGGUGCUCCAUCACACGCUUGACCCAGAGAAACCUAUACUAGACAGCAACAGGGUUAUAAACAGCGAGGACAUAUCUGCAGUGGACUGUCUGUUCGAUGACACUGGGUUACUGAAAUGUCAGAAGAAUACGAAGGCAAUUAGUAAAAUUGCGAAGGACUUAAAAUCAAAGAAGCAGACUUUAUAUUAUUACUUGAAAAAAGAUCAUGGAAAUCCACGUCUACCUACAGACCUACUAGAUCUACAGGAUGCAGAAAAUGAUCUCAUUAUCCCUAAUGACUCAGUGCCUCAGCCGGUUCAGAGGAGAGCCAUUUCUUUCUGCGGGCUUUGUGAUUUAUCCGUAAAUACUAUUGUUGUUAUUGUUGUUGCUGUUGCUGUUGCUGUUGCUUUGGUUCUGUCAAUGAAGCUGCCAGCACCCGAGCACUCUUCUGCAUAG